UUCAGAAAUAAAAACAAACAUUCAUAGAUAAAAUCAGUUUUUUUUCUUCUGUACCAAAUCAAUAUAUUUUUCUUGGUAUAAAAAGGACGUUCAUUUGUUGAAAAAAUUUCUUGUUCACAUCAUUUAAAAUGGCUUCAGAAUUCCAUUUGCCUGAUAUAAAAUUCACUCAAUUAUUUAUUGAUGGACAAUUUUGUAAUUCCAGCAAUGGACAAACAUUCGAAUCUAUUUGUCCAUACACUGAUCGUCCGAUUGCACGCUUACAGCAAGCAUCGAGUGAAGAUGUUGAUCGUACCGUAAUGGCAGCAAGACGUGCAUUCAAUCAAUGGAAAUCCGUUCCGGCUCCGGAACGAGGAAAAUAUCUAUAUCGAUUAGCUGAUUUAAUUGAACAACAUCAUCAACAUAUUGCGGCAUUAGAUUCAUUAGAGAAUGGUAUACCAAUACGAGAAAUGUUGCAUACAUCGUAUGCAUCGGCGGAAAUAUUUCGUUUCUAUGCUGGUAUCGUUGAUAAGAUCAAAGGUGAAACCAUACCGACUGCUUGUGGUGAUGAUCUUAUGACUAUGACCAUUCGUAUGCCAUUGGGUGUUUGCGCAAUCAUUAUCCCAUGGAAUAGUCCUACAUUGAUGUUAGCAAAAACGGCAGCUCCUGCCUUGGCCGCAGGUAAUACGGUCAUUGUUAAACCAGCCGAACAAACAUCAUUAUCGGCAUUGUUCAUUGCUCAUUUAUCCACAUUGAUCGAUGGAUUUCCAUCCGGUAUAUUUAAUGUUCUAACCGGUGAUGGCCAUGGUGUCGGUGCACCUCUUGCUGAACAUAUGGACAUUGAUAAGAUAACAUUUACCGGAUCGACGGAAGUUGGUCAAUCUAUAAUGGCCGCUUCGGCUCGUACCAACCUGAAACGUGUAACUCUAGAAUUGGGAGGGAAAAAUCCUUUAGUCGUAUUCGAUGAUGUACCAGAUGUUGAACAAGCUGCACGAUUGGCUACGAAUGCUAUUUUCGUAUCGAAUGGACAAGUUUGCUGUUGUGGAAGCCGAACCUAUGUACAGGAAAAAAUCUAUGACCAAUUUGUUGAGGCAUGUGUUCGAAUAGCAGGUGAUCGAAUCGUAGGUAAUCCAUUGGACAGCAACACUGAACAUGGACCACAAGUUGAUUCACAAUCGAUCGAUAAGAUAAUGCGAAUGAUCCAAAGUGGUAUUGAUCAAGGGGCACGAUUGAUGGUGGGUGGAAAACCAGGAACUGUAAAACCACUGCCUUCAAAUCAGAAUGCCUGUGCACGUUAUUUCAUUCAACCGACCGUUUUUGCCGAUGUGAAUGAACAAAUGCAAAUUGGUAGUGAGGAAAUAUUUGGUCCAGUUCAGUGUAUUAUGAAAUUUAAAACAAUGGACGAAAUCAUCGAACGAGCUAAUCGAAAUAAAUUCGGUUUAGGUGCAGGUGUAAUCACACCUAAUAUUAAUCGAGCUUUACGAUUUGCUCGUGAAGUACGAGCCGGUACUUGUUGGGUAAAUUGUUUUUUCGUUGUUCGCCCGCAAACACCGUUCGGUGGUUUUCGUAUGUCUGGAUUUGGCCGGGAAUUUGGUGAAGAAGCCAUGAAAGAAUAUAUGGAAACUAAAACGAUAUCAAUCAAUUUAAGAAUGAAUGAUGAAUAUUUAUUUGGAUGAAUUAAAAAAAAAUUACAAUAAUA